AUGUUGAUUGGCACAAUUGCGGCUCUUGGUAACGGUGCCGCAUUUCCUUUAAUGUUGCUCAUGUUUGGCAAUAUGACCGAUGUAUUCACCGAUCGAUCAUUCGACCUGUGCAAAUUUAACUUUACCGAACUCGAUCAAUUCUGUCCACCGGGCGUUGAACUUACUGCUCAGAAUUUUCUGGAGGAAUACAAAAAGUGUAACUUUUCCGGAAGCAACUUCACUAUACCGGAAAACCAAUUUACAACAAAAAUCCGCGAACAGGCCUUGUGGCUCGUUAUCAUUGGUGGUGCAACCAUGCUUAUUGGCUACUUUCAAGUUGCCUUUUGGUCAAUAGCUUGUGAACGACAAACGCGUCGUCUUCGCGAGAUUCUCUUUCGAUCAAUUCUCAACAAAGAAAUUUCAUAUUUUGAUAUAAACAAAACUGGCGAGCUUAAUACACGACUGACCGAAGAUAUCAACAAAGUUCACGAUGGAAUAGGUGACAAAAUCAGCUCGGCACUUCAAUUUUUUGCUACUUUCAUUGGUGGUAUGGCUCUCGGAUUUAUCAAAGGUUGGAAAUUGACAUUGGUUGUUCUUUCUGUCAGUCCUAUUCUCUUUGGCGGUGCUGUAAUCCUCGUUCAAAUCAUAGCGAAAGCGACUUCGGAGGAACUGAAAUCUUAUGCAAAAGCUGGAGCCGUUGCUGAAGAAGUUUUUAGCAGUAUACGAACAGUUUUUUCAUACAAUGGAGCGAACUAUGAAUCUGAGAGAUACGAACGACAUUUGAGAACGGUCAAAAUGAAUGGCAUUCGUAAGGGAGCCAUCACUGGCGCAUUUUUGGGCUUUCUGUUUCUUAUCAUCUUUUGUGCCUAUGCUCUCGGUUUUUGGUAUGGAGCGAACCUUGUCCGUGAGAAAGGAUAUUCGAUUGGAACCGUUCUCACUGUAUUCUUUUCGAUCAUCACCGCUGUGUUCAGUCUCGGUCAAGCGGUUCCUCAUCUGCAAGCAUUGGCACAAGCUCGUGGUGCAGCCUAUACACUCUGGCUCAUUAUCGAUACUCCAUCAAAAAUUGUAAGCGAUUCUGAAAGUGGAAUCAAAGCCGAUGACUUGAUUGGCGAUGUCCAAUUCACAAAUGUUAACUUUGUCUAUCCGUCUCGACCCGACGUGCCUGUACAUAAUGGACUAUCGUUCAGUGCUCAGCAAGGUGAAACAAUAGCGCUGGUUGGCACAUCUGGUUGCGGCAAGAGCACAUGCAUGCAACUUCUGCAGCGAUUCUAUGAUCCGGUAAGUGGAUCAGUGAUGAUCGGUGGCCAUAGAGUCAACGAAUACCAUCUCGGUUGGCUUCGACAACACAUUGGAGUUGUAUCUCAAGAACCAAUUCUUUUUCAAACAACCAUCGCCGAAAAUAUUCGAUUAGGACGACUGGAAGCAACACAACAAGAAAUUGAAGAUGCUGCUCGUAUAGCCAAUGCUCAUGAUUUCAUAAUGACACUACCUCAGAAAUAUGAUACACUGGUUGGCGAACGAGGUGCUCAAAUGAGUGGAGGUCAAAAACAACGAAUAGCCAUUGCCCGUGCACUUAUUCGAGAUCCUCGAAUUCUUUUAUUGGACGAAGCAACGAGUGCUUUGGACACAGAAAGUGAAUCUAUAGUGCAAGAUGCUCUUAAUCGUGCUUCGAAAGGUCGUACAACGAUUGUGAUCGCACAUCGAUUGUCGACAAUUGUACAUGCGUCGAAAAUUAUCGUUAUCGACAAGGGAACAGUGAUCGAAGAAGGAAACCAUCAAUCGUUAAUGAAUUUGAAAGGCAACUAUUAUGGUCUUGUCGAAUCGCAGAAUUUGCGCACGAAUAUGAGCGAUGAGACAGAACUUGAGGAUGAAAACGAAGAUGAUCUUACGGAUGAUAAAAAAGACAGUCGAACAGCAUCGUUGGGUGAUGAUGUUCGUAAUCCAGCUGAGACAACAUUCGAAGAGAGACAAAAUGGUCAAACAACAGCUCAAGAUGAUAAAAAUGUCAAAGGUUCUGGCCGCUCUCCAUUUUUCACAAUGCUCAAAAUGAAUAAACCAGAAUUGUGCUACAUUAUUUUUGGUUGCAUAGCGUGUAUUUGUAAUGGAGGUGUUCAACCAGCAUUCGGUGUGAUCCUAAGCAAAGUCAUCGCUGUGUUCCAAGAAUGCGAUUUACAUGCUCAAGAAAAACGCGUUAAUUUCUAUGUCAUUAUAUUCGUUGGUCUCGGGGGUCUCAUGUUGAUCACCAUGUUCCUACAGACCUUUUUCUUCACCAUCUCUGGUGAAGCGCUCACACAACGGCUUCGAGCAAAAAUAUUUCGAUUGUUAUUACGACAAGAAAUUGCCUAUUUUGACCAACUAGAAAAUAGUACAGGUGCUCUAUGUACUCGAUUGUCUACGGAAGCAUCGGCUGUACAAGGAGCUACCGGCAUUCGGAUUGGAACUAUGCUACAGAAUUUUUCCAAUCUCGGCGUGGGAAUCAUUUUGGCAUUUUUCUAUGGCUGGGCAUUGACUCUCAUCGUGUUAGCCUUUGUGCCAUUCAUGAUUGCUGCUGGCUUUUUACAAACUUAUCUUCUCACCGGAUUUGCCAAUAAAGAUAAGAAGGCAUUGGAAGAAGCUGGAAAGAUCGCAGUCGAAGCAAUAUCGAAUAUUCGUACUGUUGCUCAGUUGGUUAAAGAACCAUAUUUUGGCGAUGAAUAUUGCAAAUUACUCGAUAUUCCGUUGCGAAAUAGUUUAAGACGCGCACACGUCUUUGCCAUUCUCUUCAGUUUUACAAAUUCGAUCAUGUUCUUUGCACAGGCGGCUCUCUUCACAUUUGGUGGAUGGAUGGUCGAUCGGGGUUCGAUGACUUUCGAAAACGUUAUGCUAGUUCUCAAUUGUCUUCUCUUUGGCGCGAUGGCUGUUGGUCAAACAGCUUCGUUAUCACCCGAUUAUUCGAAAGCUAUUGAUGCAUCAAAACAUAUUUUGGCUCUUUUCGAGCGUACUCCUGAAAUUGAUAAUGGAGCGACUGAUGGCGACACAUUCGAAAAUUUUAAAGGUGAAAUCAAUUUUGUUGAUCUUCAGUUUCGCUACCCAAAUCGACCCGAAGUACCAGUACUCAAACGAUUCAAUUUGAAUAUCAAACCUCAUCAACAAGUGGCGCUUGUUGGUGCAUCCGGAUGUGGUAAGAGCACAACAAUUCAACUCAUCGAACGCUUUUACAAUCCGACAAGUGGUCAAUUGUUGAUCGAUCAUCAUGAUGUUUCAUCGCUUAAUCUUCAAUGGUGGAGAAGUAAAAUUGGUUUUGUCAGUCAAGAGCCUAUUUUAUUCGAUGCAUCGAUUCGUGAAAAUAUUGCCUAUGGUGAUACAUCUCGAUAUGUGACAAUGGCUGAAAUUUGUGAAGCAGCUAAAAAUGCAAAUAUUCAUCGAUUCAUUGAAACCUUACCAGAACAAUAUGAGACAAAUGUGGGAGCUAAAGGAACACAACUUUCCGGUGGUGAAAAACAGCGAAUCGCUAUUGCACGAGCACUUAUUCGAAAUCCGUCCAUUUUGCUUCUUGACGAGGCAACAAGCGCUCUUGACACUGAAAGUGAACGAAUUGUACAGGAUGCACUUGACCGAGCAUCGAAAGGACGGACGACAAUUGUAAUUGCUCAUCGUCUAUCAACAAUUCAAAAUUCCGAUGUAAUUUGUGUACUUCACCGAGGUCGUAUCGUUGAGCAAGGCAUACAUGAUGAUUUAUUAGCAACAAAAGGACUCUAUUAUCGAUUGGCACAAGCCAAGAAAUGA